AUGAACACUGUGGCUGUCUGCAUUCCACAGGAGCGCACAGGCAGACCGAACAGUGCGGUAGCCGGGGUUGUGACCGGCCAAAUCAACCUGUAAAUAGUUCUAACUGAUACGGCUGGCACACUUUAGUGUACACUUCAGUGUACAUUUAUGUAGAUAUUUCUUUUAAAAGAAGGAAAAUAAAAAAGUGAAAUGCUGUUUUUCAUUAUACUUUUCUCAUAUUUACUGCAACUAAUAUCCUUAUAGAAUGACUUGUAUAGCUGUCUGUAACAACCGAUUAAACUGUGAGAGGAGCUGGUGCACCUACAUCCAAUAAGGUACUACACACAAUUUGUAUCCUAUCCUUUGGAAUAUAAUAAUCAUCAUGGUGAUCAUGACCGAGAGCAGCCAGGGGGCCCAGCCCAACCAUACCCAGGGAAGGCCUCUCCAGGUCGGCUUCUAUGAGAUCAUCAGCACGCUCGGGAAAGGAAACUUUGCCGUGGUCAAACUGGCAAGGCACAAAGUCACCAAAACACAGGUGGCCAUAAAGAUCAUUGACAAGACGAGACUAAACCCAUCCAACCUAGAGAAGAUCUACAGGGAGGUCCAGAUAAUGAAGCUGCUUAACCACCCCCAUAUCAUCAAACUCUACCAGGUAAUGGAGACUAAAGAUAUGCUGUACAUUGUGACAGAAUACGCCAAAAAUGGAGAGAUGUUCGACUACUUGACCUCAAACGGGCGCAUGAGCGAGGACGAGGCGCAGAAGAAGUUCGGGCAGAUUCUGACGGCAGUGGAUUACUGCCACAGACACCACAUCGUUCACAGAGACCUCAAAACUGAGAAUCUACUGCUGGAUGCCAACAUGAACAUCAAACUGGCCGACUUUGGAUUCGGUAACUUCUACAACGCAGGCGAGCCCCUGUCUACAUGGUGCGGCAGCCCCCCUUACGCAGCACCCGAGGUGUUCGAGGGGAAGGAGUACGAAGGGCCACAGUUGGAUAUCUGGAGUCUGGGUGUGGUUCUGUACGUUCUCGUGUGCGGUUCCCUUCCGUUCGACGGUCCCAGCCUCCCUGCCCUCAGACAGAGAGUCACAGAGGGGCGCUUCAGAAUCCCCUUCUUCAUGUCUCAAGACUGUGAGAACCUGAUCCGUAGGAUGCUGGUGGUAGACCCAGCUAAGAGGAUCAGUGUGGCCCAGAUCAAGCAGCACCGCUGGAUGCUGGCUGACCCCACAGCUCUUCACCAGACCCUCAGCAUGACCCUUCCCCUCACAGACUACAACUCUAACCUGGGGGACUACAGCGAGCCUGUCCUGGGCAUCAUGCAAACCCUGGGCAUUGACCGCCAGAGGACCAUUGAGUCUCUGCAGAGCAGCAGCUACAACCACUUCUCAGCCAUCUACUACUUACUGUUGGAGAGGAUCAGGGAGCACCGAGCCCAGCAGCUCAGCCGUCAGUGUGGGCCCUGGAACCAGAGACCCAGGAGCACCUCUGACUCCGGUACCCCAGAGGUCAUCAUGGAGGACAGCUUCAGACCUUCAGCCUACCCCAUUCAAUGCAAGAGCACCCCUCCCAUGCACGCGGAGAUGGAAUAUGACCAAGGUGCAUUGUUCCAACGUGUGGCGUUCCCGGUGGAAGCCAGUCUGAACCGACUGCUGUGUAACCACUCCAUCUCCCCCAACAGCCUGGUGGAGACCAGCAUCAGUGAGGAGGUGCGUCCCCGCGACCUGGAGGAGGAGGUCACACACACCUGCUCGGCCCUCGUCCUGCCCACCACCACCUCCCGGCGACACACCCUGGCCGAGGUCUCUGCUCGCUUCCACCAGUGCAACCCCCCCUGCAUCGUUGUCAGCCCCUCCGAUGGUGCGUCGUCUGACAGCUGUCUGAGGUCCUCGUCCACCCCCAACCCCGCUCUGCACCCCGCUGUAGGUGGCCUGUCAGCCGUGCUGGCCAUUGGGACUGACCCUGGGGCACUGGUCCCCGCCGAUAGCCCACCGGCCCUCUCCUGUCACCUCCUCCCCCAGGCUCAGGCUGCCAGCUUCCAAGAGGGCCGCAGAGCCUCCGACACCUCCCUCACACAAGGUCUGAAAGCCUUCCGCCAACAGCUGAGAAAGAACACGCGCACUAAAGGCCUUCUGGGUCUGAAUAAGAUCAAAGGUCUGGCGAGGCAGGUCUGCCCUCCGACCUCCGACCGCAGUAGCCGUGGCACCUGGGGAUCAAUAGGCCCCACCAUCAGUGAGCACCGCAGCAUGCUGGAGGAAGUUCUGCACCAGCAAAGGAUGCUCCAGAUCCAGCACAAGCCCCAACCUCAGCCUCCUUGGCCAGCACCUACCCAGAAUCCCCCGUUCUUCCUGUCCCAGCAGCAGCCCCCCUCCCCCACCUCAGUCUUCGCCGCCCCCUCCACCCUGUUCGACACCCCCGCCCCCUCCCUCCUCCAGGGGGAACCCCAACACCCCCUGCCCUCCCAGCAGAGCCCCCUGGCUCUCCAGCAUGCCUUCUGGCAGCAACCUCUGGAGUUAUCUUCACCCUCCUAUGGCUCCUCUUCCUCCUGCUCCUCCUCUUCCUCCUGCUCCUCCUCUUCCUCUCUCUCCCCCGUGGGUACUGCUGCUUACCUCCUCGAGGCUCGACUGCACAUAAGCCAGCAGUCCAGCCUCUACCUCGAGACCAACCUCCACCCCCAGACCAACCCCCAGGACCAAGCCCAGGACCAGACCCAGGCUUUCACCAAGGGCCCCUUCCCCCUCAUGCCUAUGCAGGGGAUGUGGAGUCUGGAUUCAGCCUCCGGGAGAGAGUCUGAGAUGCAGGAGCUGGGCUGCGGUGGACAGCAGCAGCUGAGAAGCUGUGUGAUGGUGAAGUAAUGGAGGGAAAGAAAGGAGAAGCAGAAAACAACAACUUCUUAUUGGAACAGAGUGAUUGAUCUGCAUGACAACCAGAGGACAAAAUGUCCUGGUGAUGUCAUCACUGAUGGACAGGAAGGGUAAGCGCUUUUUGACAGUGGGAACAGAACUUUGAGACGUGGAGUUUCUCACAGACCAUCAGAUGAUGAGCAGAUGACGACAGAUCAGAUCCUCUAAAAGUGUGAAAAGAGAACAAUUAGGUAGAAAAACUGAGCAAAGAGGAGAUAGAUUUUUUUUAACUGAUGCAAGUCACAAAUCUACACUCUUGAACAACAUGCAAACACACAUCUAGUUGUGUGUGUCUGUGUGUGAUCACAUAAGCUGAGAAUUAAGCAAUAACCAAACUCUGGAGUGACGGCUCUGAGGUCUCAUCCGAACCCCCAGAGAAGCAAUAAAGGUCUGGGACCCCCUCAACACAACAGGGGACCUCCGUUCCUCUCCUUUGUCCCUGAUGGGGACCCCAACUCACCCCUGUCCCGCUGUGGAGGGGUGAGUGAAGGACUAGUCUUGAAACCCCAAUGAGGACUGGUAUCAAUAUACCAUACUAGAUCAUUUAAGACCUAUUUCAACAGUUUCAAUUGUAUUUUUUUCAUCAAGUUUGAAAACAGGAGGAUCCAGUCUUCCUGAUUUUGUUUUGUGUUACUUUUCCAGUUUUGCUCACUGUAUAUAGACCUUAAUGACUUAUUACUUAUUGUUUUUACUUCAUUAGAAAAGACCAAAGUUAUUUCUUUAUUUUGACUUUGUUUGUCUUUUGGAGAAGAUAUGACUUAUUGGUCACAUACACAUGUUUAGCAGGUGUUAUUGUGGGUGUAGCGAAAUGCUUGUGUUCCUAGCUCCAACAGUGCAGUAAUAUCUAACCAUACACAACAAUACACACAAAUCUAAAAGUAAAAGAAUGGAAUUUAGAAAUAUAGUAAUAUUUAGACGAACAAUGUCGGAGUCAGGAGUAUAAAUAAUUAUAUAUAUAUAUAUAUACACACAUAUAUAUAUAUACACAUAUAUAUAUAUAGUACCAGUCAAAAGUUUGGACACACCUACUCAUUCCAAGGUUUUUCAUUAUUUUUACUAUUUUCUACAUUGUAGAAUAAUAGUGAAAACAUCAAAACUAUGAAAUAACACAUCUGGAAUCAUGUAUUAACCAAAAAAGUGUUAAACGAAUCAAAAUAUAUUUUAUAAUUGAGAUUCUUCAACGUCGUCCCCAUUUACCUUGAUGACAUCUUUGCACACUCUACUAAUUCUCUCAACCAUUGAAUGAGUAGGUGUGUCCGAACUGUUGACUGGUACUGUAUGUAUGAGCGCAUAUGUGUGAUGGGAUGUAUAGACAUUGUGGACAGUAUGUAGAUAGAAUAUGUAGUAUAUCUGAAGAAUACGUGGAUAGAAUAGUAUAUGUACAGCAAUAGUUGAAUAGGAUGGACUUGACUAGAAUACAGUAUAUGCAUAUGAAGUGGGUAAAAUGGGAUAUAUAAAUAUGAUUAAAGUGACCAGUGUUCCAUGUCUAUGUACAUAGGGUAGCAUCUUCUAAGGUGCAGGGUUGAGUAACCGGGUGGUAGCUGGCUAGUGACAGUGACUAAGUUCAGGACAGGGUACUGGUGGAGGCCGGCUUGUGAUGGCUAUUUAAUAGUCUGAUGGCCUUUCAGUCUCUCGGUCCCCGCUUUGAUGCACCUGUACUGACCUCGCCUAUUUUGUAGCCAUCCUACAAACAUGCAGUAUCAUAACUAUUCUAAACUUCCAACCUUUCUUUGAAGACAAUGUUAUUGUGAUUUCACAAACUGUGAUUUGUUUGUGCGAGAUUCUAGCUGAGCUUAUACUGCUUUCACCAGAGAAGAAAAAAUGACUUGCUGUGUGACUAAAGCACAAUAGGUACUGCUGUUAGCAAGCAGUGUGUGCAUGCGUCUGUAUGUGUGUGUGCACCUUACAAAAAGGUUGAUUUUCAAUUAAUCAUUUCUACUCAUGUAUGGUUACUUUCUACUCAUAUUCCCUCUGUAUUUAUGUCAUUUUAUAUGUCUCAAUUUGUAAAUAUUGUCAAAACGUAAGACCCUGAAGACCUAUGAGCAUGAUGUCAUUCCCUAUCAGGGGAAAACAUUUACAUUUGAGUCAUUUAGUACACACUCUUAUCCAGAACCACUUACAGUAGUGAGUGCAACCAUUUCCAUAACAAAGCUUUACCCACUAUACUUUUCACCUCAUAUGGGCUACGUGUAUGCUACAUGAUGUGGUGCUUUCACACAGCCAGAACAAAGACUUUGGGACUAUAGUGCAAUAUUUCACAUUGAAAUGCAGAAGAAAUGAGAGAUAGAGAGAUGACAUAAGAUACUACAGUAACUGUCUGCUGGUGUUCAUUUUAUUGUUUUUUUUGUGUGUUUUUUCUUUUUGUAUGAAUGUACAAGGUUUUCCGACCUUCAUAGGGAGCUAGCUGAGUAGAGCAGGUGGUAGAAAGCUUCUGUUUUUUGUUGAACAUAGAAAUGCAUAUGUUUAGACGAAAGGACCCAAACCAUUUCACAGUGCUUUCCCUAUCGACAACAUGGUUGCCUGCUACUGCAUGAUGGCAGAACUCGAGAUUAGCCAAAGAGAGGGCAGCGGAGUAAGAGAAAGAAACUACGGACUUUCCUCUGUGAAAGCGUUUACUCAAAAUGUUAGCUAGUGCUUUCAUGGCAUACUCUGUGUGGCUCCUGCUAUGAGAAAGCUGCUUCUGCCACUAGAUGCUAAUGCAGGACCAUGGAUGUAUUGGUUUAUGUAUUUUCUAAGAAAUAGAAAAGUUGUUUCAAUGAAUUGUCUGUAGGUGGUAAAGGUACAGUAUCUAGAUAGAGUUGUGCACAGCAUGUUUGGGUUUAUGUGUUAGGCCUAUUUAUGUGUGAAGUGGUCUCAUUUUGAACAACAUGUUGAAGGGGAAAAGUGUUUGAAGCCUGAAGCUAAAAUGUUGUUUGAUAGAUUUCUCUCUGAAAGAAGCAUUGUUAAUAUUUCUAAAUGACAUUUCAUUUUGGCUGACUGCACUCACCACCAACACUUGUGCCUUCUUCAGAACAAACCCCAUACCUUCAGAGACUCCCUGCUUUUCUCCAAUCAGCACACAGUGAAAACAGGUGGACCCGCCAUGGGCCAGACACUCAUAAGACCCAGUUUUCAUACUUUGAUUUAACUUGCUGUAUUAAUGAAAAAAAUAAGCAUUGCACUUUACAGUGAAUAUUUCUCAUUUCUGAAAUAGGUUUUGUUGUUCCUGUUAGUUGAGAAAACUGGUCACAAACGUAGUUUGACUGAACUAUUGAAACACUAGUAACCUUUUUGACACAGAUCUGUAAGAUGUCCUUUUUGGUCAAAUGUUGGAUGUGAAGAAAUACGUUUUAUGAUUUUCCUGAUUUGCUACUUGACUGUGUGUGUGUUUGUAUGAAUGUUAUAUAGAAAGAUUGUUUAUUUAUGUGGCUAUUUAUUUGAAUAAAAUUCACUCCCUAAACAUAAA